AUGCCAACGACAUCGUAUAGCUCUAUCAAAGCUCCUUCGUCCAGUUUCACAAAUCAUCCAACUCCUCAACCUGCUGGUUCCUCAUAUAUAAAUACCAAUUCUCCAAUACCGGAUGACUCAAACAGGACCGAGGAACCGAUAAAUUCGUCCCGACAGGACACGCCAGAGGAGCCGCCGCAAAAAGACCAAUAUGGCCACUUCCACGGGAGUGCUUCCGGGUUUGUCUUUUUACAAUUUGCCAAAGACCGGCUUGCACGAUUGCCGUCUAUGUCCCUUAAUUUUUCCGACUAUCCUCUCACCUAUUCAGGGAAACUUCCAGGUAUUCUACCACCAAAGUCCAUUGCGGAUAAUCUGAUCCGUAAUUACUUCGAUUUCGGGAUUGCAACGUCUCGUUUUGUGCACGAGCCCAGUCUAUUUGCAUCAUACAAGCUGCUUUACAGUAAUCUAGAAUGUCAAGAACCGUGUCAAGAUGAUUUGGCACUCGUCUAUAUGGUAAUGGCAACGGGGUCUCACUACUCCAUAACCAAUACUAUCUUUUUGGGCUUCUCAGCAAGCGUUCGGUUUUUCGACAUGGCUCAGAUAGAGCUACAAAAAGAAUCGAGCAAGAUUACACUUAGCUCACUCCAAGCCAGGCUUCUGGUUAUCCACUAUCUUCUCAACCACUCCAGAAUGCAUGACGCGUGGUCUUCUUUCGGCAUUGUUGUCCGCCAUGCACAGGCACUUGGGCUUCACCGCCGAUCCAUGGCUCCCUGUACAAACUAUAUCGACCACGAAUACCGCAAACGCUUGUUUUGGUGUAUUUAUUCUUAUGAUAGAAUACUAAGUAGCAUAUUUGGCCGUCCAUGCGCUCUUCAUGACGAUGAUAUCGACCAGGAAGAAUGUGCCCUCGCUGAUGACGACGAUAUCACAGUUUCCAGCUGUCGAGCGAGAGGUGACGUGUCGUUUUGUUCUGCCGCUGCUUUGAUUCACCAUUCUCGAUUAACCCGACUACUUGGAUGGGUCCUGCGAGAGUUUUACAGCCCAAUGCGAAGACGGCAUAGCCUCCGCAGCCUUCAAAGCACCGCUCUGGAACUUGAGACUUCUUUGAAAAACUGGCAAGAUAGUCUUCCAGUAUAUCUGAAUUAUAUGACUCUACCACCCUCCGCAAUGUCAAUUAUGAUCCAACGGCAAAUGUGUAUGCUGAAGUUAACCUUUGCUCAUACGACUCUUUUGCUAUAUCGUCCCUUUAUUCUAUAUUCAAUCAGAGCGAACGCUAGAAUACCAUCUGAACUUCAACAAUGGUUUCAACAUUGUGGUGAAAAGUCAGUUGAAGCUGCAAACAUGGUUGUUUCUGAGUGCCGCUACCUCUUCGAACGUGGGCUUUUUUCAAGGAUAUUUUGGCUUGUCAACUACGCGCAGUUUGCCGCUGUGGGAACUUUGUACAUGUAUUCCUACCUAUGGCCCACGUCGCCGGGGAUUCGGGAUGUCGCCGAUGAGGCAAUGGCAGAAUUCCCUGUGGGCGUGAAAGGAGAUCUUGUUGGUCAGCGGUAUCUUGAAAUACUUAAGGAAUUACAAGAGGUCACUGCGAAUUUCAACAUACCGGGUAUCGAGCGUGGUACCAUGGAAGGUUCUGAUAUUACCUCGAUGGAUGAUUUGUCUAUCUUUGAUGAUACACUUAUGAACUACGGUGACCCCUGGGGUGUAGCGCUCCUCGACACGACGGUGAUAAACGAAUAUUUUGGAGGUGAUUGA